CCUAGCUCAAAACAAGAGGGAUUAAGCGGACAGUAAGAGAGAGCAGAAAGGAUAUCACAGUAGAAAUCCAACAUCGUGAUCAUGGAUUAUCGCGAUGAUGGCACACUGAAAAUGAUUCCCAUGUUCCAUACCACAGCUUCCGAGGAGAUCGAUGGGAUCGGUGCACAGCCCGCGGUACACUACUUGCAACCUCCUCCGAUCGACGUGCACCGCCGUAAACCUUGGUUUGUGUUUGUAGAUGGGUGGUUGUCGGUUCAAGUGUGGAACUACGAAGAUGGUAAGCUGGUCACCGAUUGGGAGGUUGACGAGUUCAGCUUCUUGCAUUCCGCGAAGUUUGUUUCGAAGAAAGAUUGGAUUGCGGUAUUAGGCUGCGGUUCAUGGGGAGUGAUUGAGUAUGAGGUCCUGCCGUCAGAAUUGCGGAAGACCGGAGUGUUAUUGCGAGGAGAGGGCAGGUUGGUCAACGACAUAAUUGUCCAUCCCUUCCUCCCUUACCUCCUUGCAUGUUGCUCGGCCGAUCCGAUUGGAGUGGAUAGAGACAGUGCCCACAACGCCGUGCUCUGGAAUUGGGAGAAUGAUUGGCACAAAACUGAGUUGGAGUCACAUUCCACAAGUGUGAUAACCGCCGCAUUUCAUCCUGAGAGGUCGAACAUAUUUGCCAGUCUGGCCCACCGAGGGGAGAUCAAGAUAUGGAAAAUAGGAAACAUGGGGCCCUCACGGACGAUCAAAGGCCACAAGAACAUCUGGAAUAUCCGAUUCUGUGCGGAUGUGCACAAGUCCCAUCUGAUCGCAGGUGGCGAGAACGGGUACUUGGCAGUCUGGGAUUACUUGACAGGGUCAUGUGUUGCGAACAUGACCGUCAAUAGUCGUCCCAUGUACCUUGGUCACAUCGCCGUCCACGUUAAUAUUCCUGUGUACUCUGCCCUUUUCCAUCCACAUUUACCGUAUAUCUUCAGCGCACAGGGUGACGGGUACAUCCGAGUUUGGAAUGCGGUCACGUACGAGCCGAUCCGUAUGUAUCGUACCGGAUACGAAACUCUCUGGAGCAUGGAAGCUUCCAGAAAAGGACACAAACUCGUUGCUGCAGGCAAACAAACCUGCAUGGUGAUAGAGAUCACCACCGAGAAGGGGAGAGUGGCGGAACACAUAAAAAACGUUUUAAAGCGGGUCGCGAAUCGCCGUAAGGAGAACACAGAAGACGUAGCGCCUACCUGUGCAGCUCAGCAAAGAGGAUGCCUAAGGUCCUCACAGAGACCGAAACAUAGAUCAGGAAAGGAGGUGGCCACUGAUGAUGAAUGCCGAGUGAUGUCUGAAGGAGCAGGAACUUCAAAGGUAAACGCACACGGACAGCGAGAGAGAGAGCUUAUCCGUCCGACGGACGUUGGAGAAACCGCCGGAGCAUCGUUUCCACAAGGUCGUCGGAAAUCCAAGAUGGAUGUAGAAGAGGAAAUGGAAUUCCGUCAUGGGUCAAAUAAGGGGAUAAUUACCGCAAGUCGUUUGUCGACGUCAGAUAUAUCCGGAAAGGAAUCGGAGCUUGACAAGGCGGCGGCUACGGAAAAGAGGGUCCUCCAAUUGGAGGCGGAGAAGGAAGCAUUGAUCGAGCAGGUUGACCGGUUAAAGCGGACAAUCAAGGAGUUGGAAGGAAGGCUGAAAGAGGAGGAGGAGAAAGCGCGUCAGGUGCUGGAGGAACGCAUUGGAACUCGAGCGGAAGGAUCGAGCGAAUGAAUAAAAAAUCGGGCAGGCAAGUUGCAGAUUUAGUAUUAUAUAGUAUAUAGUAUAUACUAUAUACUAUGUAUUGGUUUCGAAAUGAAUCGUAACAAAAAUG